AAGGAUUCGAGUUUGGACGUUGACUCGAUCGGCUUGAGCUUGUUUCCAUCACGUCGGAAUCGAUAUGGUUGAACGCCGACAAAUUGCACUCCGCGUGAUUUGCGGUUCAAAUCAUCGUGUUUACCAGGUCUCAUCUCAACCCGACCCGACCCAUUAAACUGAGUCAUCGUGUUUACCAGCUUUGUUGUCGGCAAACUAUAUAGAUGGAAGGUGAAGGCAAAACCUACACCGUCGAUGAAGCCCUCAUCGCCCUGGGUUUUGGGAAUUUCCAGGUCUCCGUCCUUCUCUACGCCGGCAUGGGUGGGGUUUCGGAAGCCAUGGAAAUGAUGCUUCUCUCCUUCGUUGGCCCCGCCGUGCAGUCCGCGUGGGGCCUCUCGCCUCACCAGGAGGGCCUGAUAACGAGCGUCGUUUUCGCCGGCAUGUUGGUCGGAGCCUACUCGUGGGGCAUCGUUUCGGAUACAUACGGAAGGAGGAAAGGAUUUCUUGUGACAGCAUCCAUUACGGCUAUGGCUGGCGUUCUAAGUGCAUUUUCCCCGAAUCUUGCUUUGCUGAUCACUCUACGUGGAUUGGUUGGUCUUGGAUUAGGAGGAGGUCCUGUGCUUUCCUCCUGGUUUCUUGAAUUUAUUCCUGCUCCCGAUAGAGGCACUUGGAUGGUCGUUUUUUCAGCUUUCUGGACUCUUGGGACAAUUCUUGAAGCUUCUAUUGCUUGGUUUGUGAUGCCCAAUUUAGGUUGGAGAUGGUUGCUUGCAAUUUCUGCUCUUCCCUCCUCACUAUUGCUUUUAUUCUAUAGAAUGACUCCCGAGUCACCCAGAUACUUAUGCACCAAGGGAAGAAAAGACGAAGCACUAGCCAUACUGGAGAAAAUAGCACGAGUAAACGGUAAAAACCUUCCUCCGGGAAUCCUAGUUUCUGAAAACAGCAUCGAGCUAGAAGAAAAGUCGGAUCUUUCAGAAGAUGCAAAGCUGAUUUCUUCAAGUGAAAACGGCAGCACAAGUCCUAAUAAACGCACAGAUUAUUCCCCGAAAAACGGAAUCUCAUUGCUCGCGAUGCUUCUCUCACCUGAACUGAUUAGAUCGACAUUACUUUUGUGGAUGGUCUUUUUUGGUAAUGCGUUUGCUUAUUACGGAUUGGUUUUACUGACCACGGAGUUGAACAGCAAUCACAGCACGUGCACUCAUAAAGGCUCACCGUCCGGUAAUGUACAUCAAGAAGUUAGCUACAAAGACGUGUUCAUUACCAGCUUUGCAGAGUUUCCCGGGCUCGUCUUAUCGGCUGCAACAGUUGACAAACUUGGCCGUAAAAAGUCGAUGGCUGGAAUGUUCUUCCUCUGUUUCAUUAUUCUGCUCCCACUAACAUUUCACCAGCCUCAGAGCUUGACGACAGGCCUGCUCUUCGGGGCCCGCAUUUGUAUCACCGGGACCUUCACGAUCGUUUAUAUAUAUGCUCCCGAGAUAUAUCCUACAUCCGUGCGGACAACUGGCGUUGGAGUUGCAAGUUCGGUCGGCAGAAUUGGAGGAAUGGUGUGUCCACUUGUUGCGGUGAGUCUCAUCCAUGGAUGCCAUCAGACGGUAGCCAUUUUACUAUUCGAGAUUGUUGUUUUUUUAUCCGGAUUGUGUGUUUGGCUUUUACCAUUCGAAACGAGUGGCGCCGAGUUGAGUAAUAGCACGUCUUCUUCCGAGCCUCGGAUAAACUUUUGAGGCAUUCGGUUUUACCUACUUAAACUUGUGCAUUUAUCAAAGUGAUCAUUCAUGGAGAACCAGAAAAUUGGUCAAUACUUACACACUACCACACAAUUUAUAUAGUUUUUUUUUUUUGGAAAAGUUGUACGGUAGACAGACAGAGGAGAUUGUGUACCAUGUUUUAACUAGUAACUGAUGUAUACUUUUGAAUUCUUCUUACCUGAUUUCAGUUUUUAGGAUCACAUAAAGUUGCUUUUUGCCAGG